AUGAAAGAAGACUAUUCAACAAUUGAACAUGACUUUUUGCAUGUCAAGGAUUACUUCAGCAAUUACAAAUUUACAUACAAGGAGAGACGAAGUAAGCUAGACUUUCUAUUAAACAUAUCCAAUGAGCCUGCGCAUGACACAACAAGUCUCAUUGCCUCUUCCAAGGAGCAAUUGGUCGAAGUGAAACACAUAUACAAAAAACUUGAUGAGGAAAUGAAAGAACUGAGCGUGGAGGUCUAUAAUGAGGAACAAUUGCUAUCACAAAAUACAGAAAAACUCAAUGAGCUGAACAAGCUUGAGUCUUCCUUACAGAAGGAAUACAACCAUUUAGUAGAUCUGCACGAAAAGGUGCUGGUCAAUGACAAGUUAAAUGAAGAAUUUGACGAAAUUGAAAAUGGCAUUAAACGAGUCUUCGGUGAAAUUGAAAGCAAAAAGUCUCUGAUUGGCACAUUCUCCAUUGAGUCCAAGCUUGAAGAAGAAAGACAGUUGAAGGAAGUGAGGAAUGAUCUCGCGGCUAAGCAGCGAAGACUAACGAUUAUUAACACAGAAAACUACAUUGAAGAUAUAUUUUACUGGGAAAAGCAGUACUUGGAAGUCCUUGAGAAGAUUUUUGGAACGAUAACCAUCAAUAGCUCGGAAGAUCGAAGUUGCCUGAAAAUAACAAUGAACAAUCCAUCAAAGAACAAUCCUGUACUUGAGAUAAAUAUCAAAGGAAAGAAGCUGCUGGACUGUUUUAUUUCAAAAAACAACUUUACUGAAAAGCAGCAGGCCGAGUUUGAAAGGAUUAAAGAGUAUUCGCUUAAGCUCAAUGAGGUAAGACCCCUAUUGAUUUACUUUGCAAUAAAUUGUUAA